CACUGUAUUGAAGCUGCGAAUAGCUUAGGUUGGGGAUUUUGUGUAGAAGUGCUUCUCCUCGUGAGGAACGUGAAUACACCUUGAGUUGACACGUCGAAGGAAGAACUGGGUUGGAAAAGGGUUUGAACUUUAGGUUUACCAAAUGUUCUGUGUGUUCUGAUGACUGGCCCACUUCCCACGUGUUAGCAUGCAUGCCUGCGCUUUAUUUCAACAGUUCAGUACUCGAUUCUCUGGAACCGUCUGUUUCUGCUGCUCCUUCUGUUUGCAAGAAGUAAUGGGUUGAGAAACUCUGAUUCUGAUGAUGGGUAGUAAUGAGAUUCAAUGCUUGACCCAAGAAGUGUCGGAAGGGGUUCUUGAUGGUCGGCAGAAGAACGAUCUCAAGAAAAUGGAGAUAGUAAAGUCACAGGGUGAGGAUGAGAAGUUUGGUGGAGCUUCUUCUGAGGACGACGAGUCGGUGCAAGUUUCUUCUUCAUCAAGAAGAGGUUUGGAACAUUGCAUCACAGCCCCUGUUGGAGCUGAAAGGAACCCACUUAUAGUUGAUGACAAGUUUAUGAUUUCUAGAUCAAUGACAGAAAAGAGUGGAUUCCCUAAGCGAGACACAAUAUUGGACAGGCUGUCUGAGAGGGCGAAGCAACUGAUUACUAACUUAGUGAAGAUACAAAAUGAUGGAACUGUUGAAGUUGAUCUUGAAAGGAGUGCAUCUGUUGCUCCAGAAUUGUUAGAGCUCCAAUCUUUUGAAGAGUCAACAGUGAGUGGAGGUUUUGGUUCAGAAUCAAAAAAAUUUGUUCCACGGUUACAAAUUGUCAUACUUGUGGUUGGAACAAGAGGUGACGUACAACCUUUUGUGGCCAUAGCAAAGAGAUUGCAGGAGUAUGGUCAUCAUGUUAGGCUGGCAACUCAUGCUAAUUUCAAAACAUUUGUAAAGUCAGCUGGAGUAGAUUUCUAUCCUCUGGGUGGUGAUCCUCGUAUUUUGGCAGGAUAUAUGGCUAGGAAUAAAGGUUUAAUUCCUUCUGGACCGGCCGAAAUAUCUGUCCAAAGAAAGCAGCUGAAGGCAAUCAUUGAUUCCAUUCCUCCAGCAUGCACAGCACCUGAUAUGGAAACUGGUGUUUCUUUCAGAGCUCAGUCUAUUAUUGCCAAUCCUCCUGCUUAUGGACAUGUACACGUUGCUGAAGCCCUUGGGGUGCCCCUCCAUAUCUUCUUCACAAUGCCUUGGACACCAACAUAUCAGUUCCCCCACCCUUUGGUACGUGUUCCUCAAAGUGCUGGUUAUUGGCUGUCCUAUAUAAUUGUAGAUCUGCUGAUAUGGUGGGGAAUGCGAAGAAUUAUCAAUAACUUCAGGAAAUCGACAUUGAAGCUUGCUCCUAUUGCUUACUUCAGUAUGUACCGUGGAUCAAUAUCUCAUUUACCGACUAGCUAUAUGUGGAGUCCUCAUGUUGUUCCAAAACCAAAUGACUGGGGCCCUUUAGUUGACGUUGUUGGUUAUUGUUUCUUGAGCCUUGCAUCAAAGUAUCAACCUCGGGAAGAUUUUGUCCGAUGGAUUAAAAAAGGGCCACCUCCUUUGUAUUUUGGGUUUGGGAGCAUGCCUCUUGAAGAUCCCAAAGGAACAACAGAUGUUAUAUUGGAGGUACUAAGAGAUACGGAACAGCGGGGAAUUAUUGACCGGGGUUGGGGCAAUCUAGGGAAUUUGACAGAACUUUCUGACAACGUUUUCCUUCUGGAGGAAUGCCCUCACGAUUGGCUGUUUCCUCAAUGUUCUGCUGUGGUGCAUCAUGGCGGGGCGGGAACCACCGCUACAGGAUUAAAAGCUGGGUGUCCAACAACCAUAGUUCCAUUCUUUGGAGAUCAAUUCUUUUGGGGAGAGAGAAUAUAUCAGAAAGAAUUGGGACCCGCUCCAAUCCCAAUAUCUGAGCUCAACGUUGAGAAUUUAUCAAAUGCCAUUAGAUUCAUGCUCCAACCAGAGGUGAAGUCUCGGGCAAUGGAAAUUGCUAGGUUGAUUGAGAAUGAAGAUGGUGUUGCUGCUGCGGUUGAUGCAUUCCAUCGACAUCUGCCUGAUGAGUUACCGCUGCCAACUCCAUCUCUGGUGGAGGAUGAAGACUUGAAUCCUUUACAGUGGUUUUUUCUCCGACUUGGAAGGUUUUGUUGUGCUCCUUGUGGUGGUGUGUAGCUUUUGUGCAUUGAUUGCUUUUUCAUUUUCACUGAUUCAUUAUAGAAUUACAUUUUGUAGGCUGCAUAGCGUUUUUGCUUUAGUAUUCCAUUCAUUUUGUAAAGUCUCUACUCUGAGGGUUUGCUAACAGUUAGUAUUCAUGUAUUAUGUAUAUUUCAUAUCCUCCCCAAGUAUAGGUUCUGUCAUUAGUGAUAGAUACGGGAUAUAAAGAGCUGGGUAAAAACAUAAUUCAUGUAGCGGUUGAUCCAAAUACUAUGCUUCUGUAUGAUUCCAAAUUUGAUUGUUGAUAAUAAUAUCAUACAGGGAUUUUGUGUA